GCUGCCGAACGGGCUGCGUCUAGCAACUGGCUGCUUUGCAACUAGCAGCUGAAGCUGAGAGCUACGGGAAAGCGCCGACAGCAGCUGGUUGCGCCGGUUUCAACGCUGCUGAUGUGCAAUUUCGCGAAGCUGAGUACCACUGGACGAGGUACUCGUGCGCGAUUGGUGAGUGACUUGUGCGAUUUCACUUGCAUCGUCCAUCCGAGUUGGGCUUCUUCGGAUAAACCACGGGCUCGAACUCGAUGCAGUUGCGCGUUUUAUUGCGCUUGAAUUACUUUGCAAGUGUCCGGACUGCAGCAUCGCAAUGUCCUCUUUGAGGGUUGUGAGACGGCGCAGCUGUGGAGUCUCACAGCGUCCAUGUGGGACGUCGAGGGCGUCGCGGGCGUCUCUUAGGACGCAGUGAUGUCCACUGCCCGUCGACUAGUCUUAAGUCUCAGAGGUCGCAAGCAAUCACAGGACAGUACAUCGGGUCGCCUUGUAGGCGCCCCAGGGCAUUUAGGAGCACCAGGAGCAGCAGGAGGAGGCGAUUGCCACGAACUGGAGGAAAUUGCAGUGGUUUCCAGUAGUGCAGAUCCUCUGCAUCUCAAGUACGGCAGCGAACUAGCGGGAAAUCCACUCAACGCUUGUAAUGGCCCGAGGCUGGUGCCUGGUAUUAUCACAUCGGGUGGGUGUAUGGUGGGCGAGCGUUUGAGAGUCAGUGGCGGGGGCUUGGACUCAGCUAUCAACCCCCCCGCCCGGACCACUCAGCACAAGAGCAGCACUGAGAGCGUCAAUCGCGUCCUGAAAAGCGUUUCCAAGCAGAGUUUACUCAACCUGGUGGGGUGUAAGCUCGGAAUGUCCAAAUGCGGCCCAUCGGAGCGAAGCAGUUUUCAACAGGAAAGUUUCCUUUUCUCCUCGCGUGACAGCUUGCCGGCUGCCUACGUGAACAGGGCGGCCAACAUCAGUUCGGCUAGUGAAUUAGAUUUAUCUAGGAAACAUAGAAGAAAAGACUUGAGAAGCCGCUUGAAAUUACCCACGAGCGUAACGUUGGCCAGCUCGGGCGACGGCCCCAUUUUAAGCAACUGGCGCUCUGCCACUGGAUCAACUGCCGGAACUCAUGCCCCCUCAACCAACCAUCUGAGUAGCAGCAGUUGCAACGGAACAGAAAGAGACGAGUUGACUCCUACCCUGGACGUCUACGGGCAGGCUCUUCUGGUUGGUCGUUCGUCUUCGACCCAGCAGGAAGACUGUGCUACUAUUGGUCGAUGAUCGUGUCCCUGGCCUGCUUGUAUAAUCUCUGGGUCAUCAUUUACCGGUUUGCCUUUCGGGAAAUUGACGCGAGUACGAUACUAGUGUGGUUCUGCCUGGACUAUUUCGCGGACUUUUUGUAUUUAAUGGACAUUCUAGUGCAUUUUCGUACCGGGUACUUGGAGGACGGAGUUCUGCAAACGGACGCGGUCAAAUUGCGCCAACACUACAUGAACUCCACCACGUUCUACAUCGACUGCCUGUGCCUGUUACCGCUCGAUUUUUUAUACUUGUCCAUAGGGUUCAACUCGAUUUUAAGGCUCUCUAGACUGAUUAAAAUGUACAGAUUCUGGGCCUUCAUGGACCGAACGGAACGGCACACCAACUAUCCGAACUUCGUUAGAUCCUCCUAUCUAAUUCACACUCUUCUGGUGGUGUUUCACUGGAACGGGUGUGUGUUUCACUUAGUGUUAAAAAAUGAUGGUUUCGGGAGCAAAAAUUGGGUCUACAGCGAGUCGCAAUCGAAUGAGGGUCCAGAUCACGUAAAAGCCUACCUCCAGAGCUACUAUUGGUGCACGCUUGCUCUUACCACCAUUGGGGAUCUGCCACGUCCGAGGAGCAAACCCGAGUACCUCUUUGUGAUAUUUCAGCUUCUUUUUGGUCUYUUGCUCUUCGCCAGUGUGUUGGGCCACGUGGCCAACAUUGUCACCUCAGUGUCAGCUGCUAGGAAGGAGUUUCAAGCAAAACUAGAUGGAGUUAAAACCUACAUGCGAAUGCGACGAGUCCCGAGCCAUCUGCAGGUGAAAGUAAUCAAGUGGUUCGACUAUCUUUGGCUGACGCAAAAAUGCUCGGACGAAGAGCGGGCAGUAUCCUGCCUCCCUGAUAAGCUCAAAGCGGAAAUUGCCAUCAACGUCCAUCUGGACACGCUGAAGCGAGUGGAGAUUUUCCAAAACACCGAAGCGGGAUUCCUGUGCGAAUUGGUGCUCAGGUUGCGCCCAGUACUGUUUUCACCCGGCGAUUAUAUUUGCAGAAAGGGCGAAGUUGGGAAAGAAAUGUACAUAGUAAAUCGAGGGCGUCUUCAGGUGGUGGCCGAUAAUGGACGCAACGUGUUGGCCACCCUCAAGGCCGGAAGCUACUUUGGUGAGAUCUCCAUCUUGAAUAUGGGCACGGCAGGUAAAUGGCUGGGCAACAGAAGGACGGCCAGUGUCCGCUCUGUAGGCUACAGCGAUCUGUUUGUGCUGAGCAAAAAGGACAUGUGGGACGUCCUGAAGGAGUAUCCGGCCGCCAGGGUGCGUCUGGAGGCCAUUGCCGUUAAACGAUUGGAAAAAUACAAGAGGGCCCCAUUGGAAAAAGCUGCAAUGGGGCGCAGCCAAUCGACUCCCGGCCUGGUGGAAUCACGGGGAAAAGUGGCGCUGGAAGACAUGUGGGUUCCUCCCAUAUCCUUCGCAGGCUUGACGUCGCUCUUUCCACGAUCGCUGGCAGCUUCGUCUCCUCCUCAAAGUGUCCGCACCUUGCCAACUCCGGACAGUCCUGCCGGUUCCACCAGCAGCGACCGAAGCAGACAGAGCAGACACAGCAGGCAGCCGCACGUGAGAUCAGGGACUACCAUCAAUGGGAGCGAGAGCAUGACGCAGCUGGUGUCUGGACGCACCACGCCAUUGAUAGCGUCGCACGAGAUUCUGGAGCAGGAAAUCAAGCGCCUGCGGGAGCGACUGCAGACCGUGGAAUCGGAAAACGCAGCCAUGAGUGUGAAGCUGAGUCAGCAACAGUGGGAAUUGGAGAACAGAUUGGCGGAAAUUGAGAUGCAAAUUUGCGGGUCCAGAUCGACGAGCUCCCUGGAACAAGACGAGCUGGACAGGAACCGGGAAAGCAUCAUUUUACCUCGACUAUACCUACUUUGGAAGAGCCUAAUCUCCAAAAGGAGUUUUGCUAAUGUUCCAGGGACUACCAUCAAUGGGAGCGAGAGCAUGACGCAGCUGGUGUCUGGACGCACCACGCCAUUGAUAGCGUCGCACGAGAUUCUGGAGCAGGAAAUCAAGCGCCUGCGGGAGCGACUGCAGACCGUGGAAUCGGAAAACGCAGCCAUGAGUGUGAAGCUGAGUCAGCAACAGUGGGAAUUGGAGAACAGAUUGGCGGAAAUUGAGAUGCAAAUUUGCGGGUCCAGAUCGACGAGCUCCCUGGAACAAGACGAGCUGGACAGGAACCGGGAAAGCAUCAUUUAACGGCUGGACGCGCUGCCUCACGCAUGGCACACGCACCCUUCUUCUCUCAUGGUGCAGUUCGUUGCGUGACGGCUGAAGCGCGAACCCCCCAGCUCAACAUCUUCCAACUGCCCCGAAAACACUCUGAUCAACAUUUAAGCUGUAA